ACGAUCAUGUAAUAGUUUCUCCACUCAUCUCUCUCUCUCUAUAUAUAUAUAUGCUACCUCAUCUCAAUUCUCAGUCUUCACAAAACACACACACACUCUCUCUCUUUCUCUCUCUGUGAACACACACACAGACACAGUACUAGGAUAUAUAUAUAUAUAUAUAUAAGAGAAAUGGAAGGAGGUAUACAUAGUAGUGGUGGAGGAGUAGACAGCACAGCUUUCAAAGAUUGCUUAUCACUGGCAAAGAAGAACCCUUUUGUUCUCCGACUUGCUUUCUCUGCUGGCAUUGGUGGCCUCCUCUUUGGCUAUGACACAGGGGUGAUAUCUGGUGCUCUUCUGUAUAUCAGAGAUGAUUUCAAGUCUGUGGACAGGGAAACUGUUUUGCAGGAGAGCAUAGUGAGCAUGGCUGUAGCAGGAGCCAUCAUCGGGGCGGCAAUUGGCGGCUGGUUGAAUGAUAGAUACGGGAGGCGGACUACGAUUCUCAUUGCCGAUUUCCUGUUCUUCGUGGGCGCAGUUCUCAUGGCUGCAGCCCCAAAUCCCUCUCUUCUGAUCGUGGGCAGAGUAUUUGUCGGGCUGGGCGUGGGGAUGGCCUCCAUGACUUCUCCACUUUACAUCUCUGAAGCUUCUCCAGCUAAGGUCAGAGGUGCACUUGUUAGCACCAAUGGAUUUCUCAUUACUGGUGGCCAGUUUCUCUCUUACCUCAUCAACCUCGCUUUUACUAAGGCGCCGGGGACAUGGCGAUGGAUGCUUGGAGUGGCCGGAGUGCCAGCUCUGCUGCAGUUCAUUCUGAUGCUGCUCCUUCCUGAAUCACCCCGUUGGCUUUACAGAAAGGGCAGAAAAGAGGAAGCUGAAGCAAUACUGAGAAAGAUAUACCCAUCUCAAGAAGUUGAUGCUGAAAUACAAGCCCUUAAGGAGUCCAUGGAAAAAGAGCUUCUCGAAAACGAGGCAUCUGAGAAAGUCAGCUAUGUGAAGCUACUGCGGACAACUACAGUUCGAAGAGGGCUCGUAGCCGGCGUAGGGCUUCAGGUGUUCCAGCAGUUUGUGGGCAUAAACACUGUGAUGUAUUACAGCCCCACCAUAGUUCAGUUGGCUGGUUUUGCAUCUAACCAAACAGCUCUCCUCCUCUCACUCGUGACUGCUGGACUAAAUGCUUUCGGCUCAAUUGUUAGCAUAUAUUUCAUCGACAGAACGGGAAGAAAGAAGCUCCUGGUUAUCAGUUUGUGUGGCGUUAUAAUUUCACUAGGCCUAUUAUCAGCUGUAUUUCAUGAAACCACCUCACACGCACCACCCGUCGGUGCAAACGAGACGUCUCACUUUGAUCCAUAUACCUGUCCUGACUAUCGUUUGGCAGGACCCUCGCCCAUUUGGGACUGCAUGAAGUGCUUGAAAGCUUCAUCUCCGAGUUGUGGGUUCUGCUCAUCAUCCGAGAAUAAGUUGCUUGCCGGGGCAUGUCUGAUUUCCAAUAACACGAUCAGGGAUGUUUGCCAUGGAGAAAACAGGGCAUGGUACACGAGGGGUUGCCCCAGUAGUUUUGGAUGGUUAGCACUAAUUGGCUUAGCCCUCUAUAUCAUAUUCUUCUCUCCUGGAAUGGGGUCAGUUCCGUGGAUUGUCAAUUCUGAAAUAUACCCUCUCCGUUUUCGUGGCAUCUGUGGAGGAAUAGCUGCUACAGCUAACUGGAUAUCGAACCUUAUUGUGGCGCAGUCUUUUCUAUCCUUAACGGAAGCAAUUGGGACAUCAUGGACUUUCCUUAUAUUUGGGGUUAUUUCUGUUGUGGCUUUGUGCUUCGUUCUGGUUUGUGUUCCUGAAACCAAGGGCCUUCACAUUGAAGAAGUGGAAAAGAUGUUGGAAACGAGAGCUUUGCAGUUGAAAUUCUGGGAGAAAAGGUCAGAUGUCCUAAAGAAAAACCAGGAAGUAUGAAGCAAUAGGCUUGUUUUAGAACCAGAAACCCUAAGGCAUGUUUAGAUAGUUUGUGAAGAGGUCGUGCAGCAUUUCUGCUGAUAGUUUACUCAAUAAUUAUGAUAAGAUUUAGCUCCAGCUAUCAAAAUCAGUUACAAGCAUCCAUGUGGGAAACAGUAUUUGCAAAUUGCAGAAAAGCCAGCCUCUCAGGCAGCAAGCGUGUAGCAAUAGACUGUCCGGUAUCAGGAUCAAAGAAAACACUAUGUAAACUCUACUUGUUAUCUCAAAAGGAGACGACCACA